GGCACUGGUUCCCAGCAGCGGAGACCGAGGGGGGACGGGAGCCCUGGGGAGCGGGUCUGGAGGGGGAGGGGGCAGUGGAGGCUCCUUCCUGGGUUCCCUGUUCGGGAGCAAGCGCGCCAGCACCAAGCCCCCUGGUCCUCUCCCCCCUCUCCUCCCACCUGGGCUGCCACACUACCCUGCACCUGUCCCCCCGCCCACCACUGGCGGCCCGCCCCCACACUCCCCCUCCUCCCUCACCCACUCCGACACAGGAGGACCCUCCAAAAUCCAGGCCCUGCACGCCCAAUAUUGCUACAACAGUACCGCAGGGCAGCAGCCUCCUCCGCCCUACCACCACCACCACCGCUACCACGCCCAGACAGGGCCCGCUCCCAGCCAGCCCUCCUCCACCGCCCAGGGGGCCCCUGGGCCUCAUAUCCUCCACAGGGGCCCCAUGGUAGGGGUCCCCAAGAGGCCGGAACCCGGUCCUGCUCCCUCCCACCCCCAGCUCCAACAGCUGUCCCAGGUUCAGCUGGCCCAGCUGCAGCAGCAUGGUGUACAGUGUGUACAGGGCCCCGGUCCUGUUCUCUCCCAGGGUCACGGAGGGUGCUAUACCAACAUGGGGGUUACUAUGGGGGUAGGCUGCCCCACUCCACCCCUUUCACCUCAUCCCCCCCGCUCCCCGGGGCCCGCACCCCUUACACUAUACCACACAUACUCCACACACGGUCGGGGAAGAGGAGGAGGAGGCGCCAAGCUCCCUCUUACUCUCUCACACUCGCAACCCCACCCUCACGCCCAUACCCACGCCCCUCAUCGUACCGCUCUUACCCACAACCACAGCCCCCAUCCCGGCCUGUCCCUCAGCCCCCACCCCGGUCUGUCCCUCAGCCCCCAUCCCGCUCAACACCCCAAGCACCAGACUCACUUCAUCUUCGCUGCCCCGCCGCCCCAGACCCCUGUCGCCCGGCACAUCCCCCAGGCCGCCGCCCACGGCCAAUACCACCCUCAAUACCCCCCGCUCUCCUCCAUACCACCUCCCCCUACACACUCCCCUUUACCCCCCCCUUCCUCCCCCAAUACCCCACUUACCCCUAUCUCCCCUUACACCCACCCCCUCCAGCACCAGGGAGGGCAGCAGGGGUCUGGCGGGGGCAACAGCAGCACAGGGACGGGCAGCACCACCAGCUCCAAGUCCAAGCCUAUCAACCGCAUCAGCACGGUGGUGUGAGUGUCAGGAGACGCAACAACCCUCCCAGACACCAGGGGGCACCGCUCGUCAGACUGAGGUCGUCAGACCAGGACAACUACAAGUGUAAGAGUGGCCACGCCCAGAUCAUCCAAUAUGGCCGCCGGCGCUCUGGGAGAGGCAGGAGGCGGUACUUGCUCAGGCUGUGUUACAUCCACCUCCGGUUCCCUCACAGAUUCACAUUCAGGUUAGAGAGGAAGAUAUGAAUGUCAGCUGCAGGAUAAUACACUUCUUAACUGUUAGACCGAGAGGAAAUUCCCCCUCUUUGGGCCGUCACAGGCAAGGGCUUCAUCAUCACGAGACCAUGAGCCUCAUGUCUUCUACACUGACACACUGAAGAGGGAGAGGAUGACUCGUCAGCUGUUAGACCGAGAGGAAAUUCCCCCUCUUUGGGCCGUCACAGGCAAGGGCUUCAUCAUCACGAGACCAUGAGCCUCAUGUCUUCUACACUGACACACUGAAGAGGGAGAGGAUGACUCCUCAGCUGUUAGAAGAGAGAGGAAGACACUGACACACAGAAACUCCACAGACCGAUCUGCAUGAAGAUAUUCACAUACGGUACCGAGGUUGAUGAGGAUGUGAUGCUUCUGUGUCUCUGUGGGGGCCAUGUUCUGCAUGACCUCAUCAAUGACCUCGUGUUGCCAGAGGAGGAGAAUUAUGAUGACAAAGGGUGCCAAACCUGGUGAACCAGGAAGUGGACUGGAAGUGGAUUGGUGAAUCAGGAAGUGACAUGGCCAGUGUCUGCCUUCUUACAUCUUAAAAUCUCCAUGUUGUUGUUGUUGUGUAAUAAAACAGACAUGUGUACUUUCAGUCUGGUUUCAUAGACUAGACGUAAUAAAGCGAACGUAUAUAUCCGGGACACUCAAAUUAGUAUGAUACGUUAUGUUUGGUAUGGUUACAUAAGACACAAGGUUACUUAAAAGACAUGAAUGAAAUAAGGGUAAUUGGUCAGGUGGAUGGGUGGGCGUUGAUAUAACUCAAACGUGUACCAACACCAAGGUUGCGUGUUUGAAUCUUAUCACGGACAACUUCAUUAUUUUAGCAAAUUAGCUACUUUUCAACUACUUAGCAUGUUAGCUAACCAUAACCCUAACCUUAUCCAUUUUAGCUAACCCUAACCCUUAACCAUUUUAGCUAACCCUAACCUAAGCCAUUUUAGCUAACCCUAACAUUAACCAUUUUAGCUAACAAGAACCUUAAACAUUUUAGCUAACCCUAACCUUAACCAUUUUAGCUAACCCUAACCUUAACCAUUUUAGCUAACAAGAACCUUAAACAUUUUAGCUAACCCUAACCUUAACCAUUUUAGCUAACCCUAACCUUAAACAUUUUAGCUAACCCUAACCUUAACCAUUUUAGCUAACCCUAACCUUAACCAUUUUAGCUAACCCUAACCUUAACCAUUUUAGCUAACCCUAACCUUAACCAUUUUAGCUAACCCUAACCUUAACCAUUUUAGCUAACCCUAACCUUUAAACAUUUUAGCUAACCCUAACCCUAACCAUUUUAGCUAACCCUAACCCUAACAUUAACCAUUUUAGCUAACCCUAACCUUAACCUUAAUACAAAAUGACACAUUUCUAUGUUUUGUAGUAAAAGUGUUUCCAAUGGCAUCAUCGGUGUGCAUCGUGUGAUUUUUAACCAAUUAAGAGUUGGCCUACUAAUUGUUAACAAAUUGGUUGAUGAUGUCAUUAGAAACACUUUGACCCUUAGCCUAGCUAACAUUAGCCACCGAGCUAAUUAUUACAUACGUUGAUGUUGGGUUGGUGCUGGAGAAGUCCCUUUAACCCUUAGUCGAGCUAACGUUAGCCACCUAGCUAAUUAUUACAUAGGUUGAUGUUGGGUUGGUGCUGGAGAGGUCCCUUUAACCCUUAGCCUAGCUAACGUUAGCCACCUAGCUAAUUAUUACAUAGGUUGAUGUUGGGUUGGUGCUGGAGAGGUCUCUUUAACCCUUAGUAUAGCUAACAUUAGCCACCUAGCUAAUUAUUACAUAGGUUGGAGUUGGGUUGGUGCUGGAGCGGUCCCUUUAACCCUUAGCAUAGCUAACAUUAGCCACCUAGCUAAUUAUUACAUAGGUUGAUGUUGGGUUGGUGCUGGAGAGGUCCCAUUAGCCACCUAGCUAACAUUAGCCACCUAGCUAAUUAUUACAUAGGUUGAUGUUGGGUUGGUGCUGGAGAGGUCCCUUUAACCCUUAGCAUAGCUAACAUUAGCCACCUAGCUAAUUAUUACAUAGGUUGAUGUUGGGUUGGUGCUGGAGGGGUCCCAUUAGCCACCUAGCUAACGUUAGCCACCUAGCUAAUUAUUACAUAGGUUGAUGUUGGGUUGGUGCUGGAGAGGUCCCAUUAGCCACCUAGCUAACGUUAGCCACCUAGCUAAUUAUUACAUAGGUUUAUGUUGGGGUGGUGCUGGAGAGGUCCCAUUAGCCACCUAGCUAAUUAUUACAUAGGUUGAUGUUGGGGUGGUUCUGGAGAGGUCCCAUUAGCCACCUAGCUAACGUUAGCCACCUAGCUAAUUAUUACAUAGGUUGAUGUUGGGGUGGUUCUGGAGAGGUCCCAUUAGCCACCUAGCUAAUUAUUACAUAGGUUGAUGUUGGGGUGGUUCUGGAGAGGUCCCAUUAGCCACCUAGCUAACGUUAGCCACCUAGCUAAUUAUUACAUAGGUUUAUGUUGGGGUGGUGCUGGAGAGGUCCCAUUAGCCACCUAGCUAAUUAUUACAUAGGUUGAUGUUGGGGUGGUUCUGGAGAGGUCCCAUUAGCCACCUAGCUAACGUUAGCCACCUAGCUAAUGAUUACAUAGGUUUAUGUUGGGGUGGUGCUGGAGAGGUCCCAUGAGCCACCUAGCUAAUUAUUACAUAGGUUAAUGUUGGGGUGGUUCUGGAGAGGUCCCAUUAGCCACCU